AGAAGAAGAAGCAAAACAAGCAAUAUCAAUGGCAACAAGCAAUGACUACAUUAAUAGUGCACAAAUGGACAACAGAGAGCAAUGUUUCUCAAGAGAGUUGAAGAGUUCGCCGCCGGAGACGUCAAUGGCCGGGCAGCAGCGGGCAAGUGUUCAGGCGUCUCCGAGCUUUGCAAACAGGAUUUUGAGACAACCUUCGAAGUUGAGAGCUUCAAUGAGAGUUUUGUCAAUGAAUGCCCGGGCGGUGCCGGCGGUGAUCAAGAGAUUGAGAUCAAGUGCUGAGCUUGGAUUGAAAGGGUUGAGGUUCUUGGAUAAGAAUAGUGGGAAGGAUGGGAGUGGAUGGAAGUCUGUUGAGAGGAGGUUUGAGCAGCUUGCUGUUGAUGGAAGGCUUCCAAGAGAGAAUUUUGGACGUUGCAUUGGCAUGGCUGAUAGUAAGGAGUUCGCCGGUGAACUAUUUGAUGCGUUGGCGAGGCGGAGAAUGCUGGACCCGGACAAUGGAGUGACGAAAGACCAGCUUAAGGGGUUCUGGGAAGAAAUGUCAGACCAAAACUUCGAUUCGAGGCUUCAGAUAUUCUUUGACAUGUGCGACAAGAAUGGCGAUGGAAAGCUCACUGAAGAUGAAGUGAAAGAGGUGAUCAUCUUGAGUGCAUCAGCUAACAAACUGGCAAAGUUAAAGGCGAAUGCCGCAACCUAUGCUGCGCUUAUCAUGGAAGAACUUGAUCCUGACCAUCAUGGCUACAUUGAGAUUUGGCAACUUGAAACCUUACUCCGAGGGAUGGUCAGCAGCAGCACACAAGGACAUGAGAGUAACUUGAAAAAUACACAAACCCUUGCAAAGACAAUGAUCCCUAAACGAUACAGAAGCCCGAUCAAUAAGUUUGUAACCAUGGCUGCAGAUUUCACUCUCGAGCACUGGAAAAGAAUAUGGAUUCUUUCAUUUUGGUUAAUGCUGAAUAUAGGCUUGUUUACAUGGAAGUUUAUUGAGUUCAGGAGAAAAACAGCAUAUGAAGUGAUGGGUUAUUGUGUCUCUGUAGCCAAGGGCAGUGCCGAGACCUUGAAAUUGAACAUGGCACUGAUACUAUUCCCAGUUUGCAGGAACACCAUUACAAGGCUUAGAUCAACAGCUUUGAGUAGAAUCAUUCCGUUUGAUGACAAUAUCAACUUCCACAAGCUCAUGGCAAUAGCAAUUGCAAUAGGGACUUUCUCACACACCGUUGCCCAUCUGGCCUGUGAUUUUCCAAGACUGAUUGCAUGCCCAUAUCCAAAAUUUAUGAGAACACUUGGCCCCAAUUUCAAUUACAAGCAACCGACUUACCCAAGCCUGAUAUCCAGUAUAGCUGGGGUUACUGGCAUUAUCAUGAUCAUUGUAAUGGUAUUCUCUUAUACAUUAGCUACCCAUUCUUUUAGGAGGAGUGUUGUAAAGUUGCCAUCCCCCCUUCACCACUUGGCUGGUUUCAACGCAUUCUGGUAUGCACACCACCUGCUGGUGCUAAUUUAUGCCCUCCUUGUUUUGCACUCCUGUUUUAUUUAUCUCACCACGACAUGGUACAAGAAGACGGCAUGGAUGUACAUAUCAAUCCCACUAACAAUAUACAUUAGUGAGAGAUUAACCCGAGUACUUCGUGAGAAAAACUAUCAUGUGAAUAUUAUCAAGGCAGCAAUAUAUCCAGGAAAUGUUCUUUCAAUACAGAUGAGAAAGCCGCCGGGAUUCAGAUACAAGAGUGGAAUGUACUUGUUUCUCAAGUGUCCAGAUGUCUCACCUUUUGAAUGGCAUCCCUUCUCCAUCACUUCUGCCCCAGGAGAUCCCUUCUUGAGUGUCCACAUUCGAACCUUGGGAGAUUGGACAACAGAGCUCAGAAAUUUAUUUGCAAAGGCUUGUGAGGUUGAAGUUGUUGCGAAAAAGGUUAACCUAGUUAGGCAAGAAACAACAGUAAUAGCGGAUGCACAAGUUCAACCAACUAGCUUCCCAAAACUCCUGAUUGAUGGGCCUUAUGGUGCACCAGCUCAAAAUUACAAGAAAUAUGACAUUCUCUUGCUUAUCGGACUUGGCAUUGGUGCAACUCCAUUUAUCAGUAUACUGCGAGAUCUCCUGAAUGACAUAAAAGCAAAUGAAGAACUGCAAAGAACGCAUGCAACAGAUGCAGACCUCAUCAAAGCCAAAGGUCCAGGAAGGGCUUACUUCUACUGGGUUACUAGAGAACAAGGCUCCUUUGAAUGGUUCAAAGGUGUCAUGAAUGAUGUUGGGGAGAGUGAUCAUAAUGUACUUUGCAUAAACUUGCUACUUUUAGUAGGCUUCAGUUCUUGCACUACAGCACGUAACAGAUCAACUAAAAGUGAAUGUUCAUUGCAGAAUGUCAUAGAGAUGCACAACUACCUGACCAGUGUGUAUGAAGAGGGUGAUGCAAGAUCAGCUCUUAUUGCAAUGGUCCAGUCACUACAGCAUGCCAAAAAUGGACUAGAUAUUGUCUCAGGAAGUCGGAUUCGGACACAUUUCGCUAGGCCAAACUGGAGGAAAGUAUAUACUGACCUGGCAAAUGCUCACAAAUCCGCCCGGAUAGGUGUCUUCUACUGCGGACCUCCAACUCUUACAAAACAAUUAAGAGACCUUUCAGUGGAAUUCAGCCAUGAGACCAGUACUCGGUUCCACUUUCACAAGGAGAACUUCUAACAUCAAGCCCAGGAAAUUGGAUGAUUACU